AUGAGCGGUGCCCCCGGCGGGCCCCGGCCGAGGACCCCGCCGAGCCGCGGAGCCGCGGGCGCCCCGUCGCCCCGGCCGCCCCCCGCCGACCCGCUGCGCCAGGCCAGCCGGCUGCCCAUCCGCGUCCUGAAGAUGCUCAGCGCCCACGGCGGCCACCUCCUGCACCCCGAGUACCUCCAGCCGCUCUCCUCCACGCCCGUCAGCCCCAUCGAGCUGGACGCCAAGAAGAGCCCGCUGGCGCUGCUGGCCCAGACCUGCUCGCAGAUCGGCAAGCCCGACCCGCCGCCCUCCUCCAAGCUGAACGCCGUGGCCUCCGCCGGGCUGCCCGCCGCCGAGAAGGAGCCCGCCGCCCGCCCCGCCGCCCUGAAGCCGCCGGGCAGCGGGGACGCGCCGCCCGAGGACAAGUCCAGCUUCAAGCCCUACUCGAAGGGCGGCGGGGAGCCGCGCAAGGAGGGCGGCGCGGACAAGGCCGGCUUUCGGGUGCCCAGCGCCGCUUGCCCGCCGUUCCCCCCGCACGCCGCCGCCUCGCCCGGCGGCUCCCGCGGCGCCUCGCCGCAGCACGCCGACCCCAAGGGCGCCGAGGAGAAGAAGGAGCCCGAGGCGGGCAAGCCCAGCCCCGAGGGGGCGGGCGGGGGGCUGGGGCGCGGGGCGGCGGAGCCCGGGGCGCACGGCGAGCCCCCCUCGGGCCGCAAGUCGGAGCCCCCCGCCCUGCCGCCCGCCGGCCAUGUGGCCCCCGUCUCGCCCUACAAGCCGGGCCACUCCGUCUUCCCCCUGCCGCCCUCCAGCAUCGGCUACCACGGCUCCAUCGUCGGCGCCUACGCCGGCUACCCCUCCCAGUUCGUGCCCGGGCUGGACCCCACCAAGCCGGGCCUGGUGGGCAGCCAGCUGCCGGGGGCGCUGGGGCUGCCGGGCAAGCCGCCCAGCUCCAGCCCGCUCACCGGGGCCUCGCCGCCCUCCUUCAUGCAGGGAUUAUGCCGGGACCCGUACUGCCUGAGCUACCACAGCGCCUCGCACCUGGGCUCCAGCAACUGCUCCAGCUGCGUGCACGACCCCGGCAGCCUGAAGAGCGGAUACCCCUUGGUGUACCCCACGCACCCCCUGCACUCGGUGCACACCACGCUCUCCUCCAGCGGCACCCCCAGCCUGCCCGGCCACCCCCUCUACACCUACGGCUUCAUGCUGCAGAACGACCCCCUGCCCCACAUAUGCAACUGGGUGUCUGCCAGCGGACCCUGCGACAAGAGGUUUGCCACCUCGGAGGAGCUGCUCACCCACCUACGGACCCACACGGCCCUGCCGGGGGCGGAAAAACUCUUGGCGGGUUACCCUACCUCCGGGCUGGGCUCCGCAGCCUCCUGCCACCUCCACCUGCCGCCCGCCGCCCCCGGGAGCCCCAACACGUUACCCGCCUCCCUCUCCUUGAGGAGCCCACACACUUUGGGACUAAACAGGUACCAUCCCUACGGCAAGAGCCAUUUGCCCACAGCCGGCGCCCUGCCGGUGCCCUCCUUGCCGGCCGCCGGACCUUACUACUCUCCAUACGCGCUCUACGGCCAAAGACUAACUUCAGCUUCCGCACUGGGAUAUCAGUAGCUACCGCAGCCCCUUCCCCUGCUCCAGCCUCCUCCUCGCCCCAGCCCCCCGCUCCCUCCUUGGACUGUGUAUUUAUUUACUGUAUGUUAGCUUAAA